AUGGCCAGGGCAGAAUCGUGUCCAAAGAAACAAUUCACAUUUGAACCACUCGAAAAGAAGAAAAUCAAGCACCAUGAUGACGAACAGCCCAAAGUAACCAAGGAAACUCUUUUGAAAGUACUUGCGGAUAUAGAAGACGAGAUUGGAGAGCUAAAACAGGGUAAUUUGGAAAAAAAAUUGAAAGACUUGCGUGAACAGGUGAAUGUGCUUUUGCAAAGACAUGAAGAGGAAUUCAAACGCCUUUGUGCAGAAAUAAAUGAUCUCAAAGAAGAAGUUGAAAUGUUGAAAGCCAAAAAUAACGAGUUAAGUGAUGAAAAUAAGAGGCUCGUGAACAAGCUCGCUGUAGCCCAAGUAACGUGGUUGUGGGAAGCACAUUUAGUAAGAUUUGUGGUCCACCCUUCCAAACAAAUCUUUCAGUUUGACAGGUUUAACCAAAUGAGAUUGUACUUGAAAAGGGUUAAAAAGAAAGACAACCUUUGGACGAAAAUACAAAACAAUAUCGGAAGUUGGACAAGAAAGCAUUGGAAAAUGGUCAACACCGUAAGAAAGGAAAGAAAUGGCGUCGCACAUCCGGACAUCAUUGACCUCGACCUCGUUGAAUCUGAAUUAACCAAAAUGCCUCUAUAUUUCCGUGACCCAAUGCGACACAUGAUGGAUAUACUGAAGACAACAGCAAGUCUAAUGAAAUUUGGACGACUGGCAGAGUUCUUCAAAACGAACAAGCAUUUGUUUCCGACUGAAGAAGCGCGCGGUAAAGGAAUGGACGCACGUGCACUGAAGGAUAUACAUUCGUGGGACCGUAAGUUUGAAGAAAUCGAUGGUCUCCAAAAUAUCCAGCACGAGGAAGCGAAAAGGUACUUAGCCAAGUACGUAAGCGAUUCUCGCAUGAUCAAUCAGUAUUAUUUCAUCGUUGAUUUUAUCAAGGAUGGAAACAGGAAACGUCUGGGAAAACUGGCCUGGAAAUUCGAAAAGUGUUAUUCCUUUACAAGUAUGUCGACGCAAGAAAGUGAAGCGCUAAAUGAAUUAAAGAAAUUGCUCUCAAAGCCAGAGGACGAAAGCAACGUUGCAGAUCUUAUAAUAGCAAAGUUGCAUAUACCCGACUUUUUACCAAAGCAUUUGUGGAAGCAUGGUAUCAAAAUCGUGGAGAAAUAUUUUAAAGGACGCUAA